AUGGACCGAUAUAACGAUGUAAAAAUUCAUUUGAAGAAGUGGGAGCAUGCAUUUAUGUUGGUUCAUAACAGGAAGCCCAACAAAGAUGAUAUUGACAGAGCUCCCGAGGAAACUAAAAAGCUCUACAUGGAAUAUCGGACACUCAAGGCGGCAAAAGAAAAAGGGAGCACUGGCCACGAGCAUCAUCCCCCGAACGAGAUUUCACCUACUGAUUCAGGGUGUUGGGGGUCUCAUCUGAACAGAAAAAAUAUGCCAGUCGUUGCCCCAAAACUGACAUCGAAGGAGAGAGAUUCCCUGCAGGCCUCUGCCCAAUACUUUGGCAUGAAGCUGAAAUCCAAUCUUGGAGCUCUAACAAAGGACAGGCCAUUGUCUUUAAAGAAAUCUUUCACUCCAGGUCGAACGCCUCUGAAGUCAUGGAAGGACAAUGAAGUGGCCCGUUCAACACCUGCAGAGGCAGAAUCCCCCCAACCAAAACCAGCCAACACAUCUCCCACCCCCCUGGCCUCACCAGCACAGACCACCACUGCUGAUUGGCUGGAAGAACCAACCGAACCUCUUCCUGUAUUCACGCCCUCUAAAUCCAGUUCACUUGCUAUGGCUACCUCAAACAAGCAGACCCCCAAGACCCAGUUGCUGAGACACUCCGUGACUAAGAGGCUGGCCUCUGUCGACAGCGGCUGGCUGCAGCGUUGUCAGGUCUUUGACGAGCUCGGUGACUUUGAAAAGCCAGCUGUUGGCAACCUGGGGCCCACAGAAAAGAACUGUGUUCCACACAGUAAUGGAAAAAGUGAAAAUGUGACAAAUGACAACCCCGUUAGUGUGACCCCUCCAGACAAGAUCACGUCUAUGAGGUCACAGCCUUUUGGUGACGGGACACAGAUUGGCUGUGCGAUCUCCCCAACAGACAGCCCCUGCGUACAGAACAGUGGGGUGGACUCUACCUUAAGACCUGACGUUGGAAGGGAAGACAGAGAAUCUGGAUCUGGUCCUACUGGAGAAACCCAAAUGGAACCGGAAGAGUCCAGUCCCGUCAGAGAUGUCAAGAGACCCCGACCCCGGGCCAAAAAAGCCGCUGAGAAAGGGCAGAACUCGCAGGCCGACGAUGACGACGAUGGGAAGAAAACGGGAAAGAAAAGACGGAGAGAAACUGACGACAAAGAGGACGAAACGCGCGCGGGGGAAAACGGUGAAACGGCCAAGAAGAGGGGGAGGACCAGAAAAGGAGAGGCCGCCGGAGAGAACCCCCCGAAAAAACGAAGGAAGAAUAAAGGAAAAGAAACAGAAGAAGGAGAGGGUUACCCUGGAGACGCCACUGGCACAGGGAAGGCAGAGGCCACCAAAAAGCGAAGAAUUCCGCAGGAGAACCUGCUCGGUGAGGUGGAGGAAGAUAAGGAGAGAGCCUCCUCAGCCAGAGUGAAGAGCGCAGGCUGGAUCCGACCAACAAAGAACUCGAAUGGAAAUUUCGUUAAAAUUAAUUUGAAGAAGAAGUCUCACGUCAAAGGAUUUGCUCUGAGGGGUGCUGCGUUAAGGAAACAGAUGUACAUGCAGAAGUUUCAGCUGAAAGGCGAGCGGUUUGGAGGAGGUGCAGGUAGGGGCGGAGGGAGAUUCGGAGGUUUCAGUCGUCAAGGCGACAGCUGCUACAAGUGCGGAGGAACAGGACACUGGGCACGAGACUGCCGUGGUCGAGUUCCUGCUCCUCCAGUAGAUGGCGCUCAAGGUCAGGACAAUCCCGCUGAAGAAGAGGAGCCUUUUGAACUACCUACCUUAGAGGAGGUUGCCCGGGCAACUGGAACCCUGCGCUCCGACCCUAUUGUGAUGACUCCCAGCGCUGUCGAUGACCCUGACGAGCAGGACAGAGGAGAGGAGAUCCUGCUGAAUGUGAUAAGGCCAGAUUACGAACGUCCCGCCCCUCCACCUCCCAUGGAGCCUCUCUAUAGGCCAGGAGUGGACGGGAAAGUGCAAGCUGUGCCUCCAGAGGUUUAUGAAGCUCUGAGGGAUUUUGGCUAUAAGUCAUUCAGACCUGGCCAAGAGACUGCCAUCAUGAGAAUCCUCUCAGGUUUGUCCACUCUGGUGGUCCUCUCCACUGGCAUGGGUAAAUCUCUUUGCUACCAGCUGCCCGCUUACCUUUACGCCCAAAGGUCAAAGUGCAUCACCCUGGUCGUGUCACCGCUGGUGUCGCUGAUGGACGAUCAGCUGUCUGGACUGCCACCGAAGCUGAAGGCCGCAUGCAUUCACUCCAACAUGUCCCAGAAACAGAGGGAGACAGCCAUAGAAAAGGUUAAGGCGGGGCAGGUGCACGUGCUGCUCCUGUCUCCUGAGGCUCUGGUUGGUGGAGGUCAGUCCAGCUCUGGUUGUCUGCCUCCUGCUGACCAGCUCCCCCCGGUGGCGUUUGCCUGUAUUGACGAGGCUCACUGUGUGUCUGAGUGGUCACACAACUUCAGACCCUGCUACCUCAGACUCUGCAAGGUGUUAAGGGAGCGGUUGGGUGUGCGAUGCCUCCUGGGUCUUACGGCCACGGCGACGCUCUCCACGGCCUUGGACAUCGCUCGUCACCUGGACAUCGGCGAUCAGGACGGCAUCGCGGUCCGCUCGGCCGCCGUACCCCCGAAUCUGCAUCUGUCUGUGUCCAUGGACAGAGACAAGGACCAGGCUCUGGUUUCUCUGCUGAAAGGCGAGAGGUUUGGGGCGCUGGAGUCCAUCAUAGUUUACUGCACCAGACGAGAGGAGACGUCUCGCAUCGCCGCGCUACUGCGCACCUGCCUGCAGGGGGUGCUGCUGAGGCGGUCCUCGUGUCCAGUCACAGAGGAUCCAGACGACAACCCGGUGGGGAAGAAGAAGAAAGCCCUCGCGAGGAAAAAGAUACGGAAGCCUCUGAAGUGGAUCGCGGAGUCGUACCACGCCGGGAUGUCGGCGUCGGAAAGGCGUCGGGUCCAGAACAACUUCAUGUGCGGGGAGCUUCGGGUGGUGGUUGCCACGGUAGCGUUCGGAAUGGGCCUGGAUAAGUCGGACGUGCGCGGCAUCGUCCACUACAACAUGCCCAGGAGCUUCGAGAGCUACGUGCAGGAGAUCGGCCGAGCCGGCAGAGAUGGAAAACCGGCCCACUGCCACCUGUUCCUGGAUCCGGAGGGCGCAGACCUGCACGAACUGCGCAGGCACGUAUACGCAGACACGGUGGAUUACAUCACGGUGAAGAAGCUGGUGCAGAAGGUCUUCCCUCCCUGCAAGUGCAAGCAGAUCCAUCAGAAACACCAGGACUUGGCCAAAGCGGUGGAAGUUGAUGACUCAGAGAUGCUGGAGUUGAUGGACAGGGGGGAGCUGGAAGAGUCCAUUACUCCACAGAGUGGGGAGAAGAACCCAGACGACCUAAAUGAGGAUGAGAAGAAAGGAAAUGAAGAGAAAGGAGAGAGGGAGGGAGAGAACGAGUGUGUCACGAGUGUGCCAAAGGAACGAGUGUGUCAUACGCACGAGAGAGCUAUCCCCAUACAGGAGACAGUAGAUGGCUUGGACAUUACAGAGGAAGGGCUGGAGACUCUCCUCUGUUACCUGGAGCUACACCCUCAGAGGUGGGUGGAGUUGCUACACCCGACUCUCUCAGUCUGUCGGCUAGCGUGCUACGGAGGACCACCACAACUUCGCAGGCUCACUAAACUGUGCCCCCCGGUCGCCGUGGUGUUGGCACGGAAACGGAUGGCUGGAGAGAAGGUGGAGGGGUGCAGCUCUCUGGAGUUUGACGUGGUGGAGCUGGCUGACACCAUGGGCUGGCAGGUACCACUGGUCAAACGAGGACUCCGACAACUCCAGUGGAGCACUGACAGAGGGUCCUCGUUCGGGGGCACGGGGCGGAGCGGCAUCCUCGUGGAGUUCUCCGCUCUCUCCUUCUACUUCCGUUCCUAUGGCGACCUGACGGCGGAGGAGAUGGACGAGGUGUGUGGGUUCCUGCACGGCCGCGUCGUAGCGCAGGAGAGAACGCAGCUCUACCAGCUGAGAGCCUGUUUCACAGCCUUCCGCAGUGUUGCAUUCCGUAACUGUAGCUUCUGUAUGGACGAGCUGGAUGAGGACAGAAGCCUGCAGCUGAAAGGCCUGUUGGCCGAUUAUUUUGAGAAGAGGAGAGAUUUGGACUUCAGCAAGAAAUACCAGGAGGACCAAGAUGAGGAGGAAGAAACCCUGAACAAAUGCAAGUUGCGGGACUGGGAGGAGCAGAUCCGUGCUGACAUCAGAGGCUUCCUGAGCAGCCACAGCGAUGAGAAGUUUUCUGGAAGAGCAGUGGCCAGAAUAUUCCACGGCAUCGGAAGUCCAUGUUAUCCGGCUCAGAUAUACGGCAGGGAUCGGAGAUACUGGAGAAAAUACCUGCAGUUUGACUUCAACGGACUCGUUCGCUUAGCUACACGAGAAAUUAUCAGAACAAGGUAG